UUAUUGACCCCAUUAUUUGCGGCUGAAUCGAUUUCCUUCUUUGUUUGGUACGCGACGGCUCAGUUGCACCGCCGCUUAUUUGCCCAAUACAACUGCCUAUCUUACAUACGCAUCGCAGACAAAAACAAAAUAAAAAAAAGCUGCGACUUACAACUCUGCGCUCUCCUAGUUUCAUAUAAUAGACAGUCAUCGCCAGGCCUGCAGUCCUUACCGUCUUUCAUUUUUUAAUACUCAAAUAUAUCAAGUCCAAGUGCGACUUAAAUAUAAUCGACAUAAUGGCUUACAACAGACCUUACAACCCGGACGAACUGCCAAGAUUCGCAGAACCCGAACAGAAAGGAAGCGCAAGCCAUCCAUCUGUUCGAUACGAGUCUAAACCACCACCGCCUGUCCCCAGCGCUCGACACGACUCCGGUCCUCGUCGCACCGACCCAGGCCGUCUGACUCCUACUGGCUACGGCCCUGGUGGCGCGCCUCAUUCGGGUAGUUAUUCGGGUAGCUAUAGCAGUGGAAGUCACAGCAACAGCCACGAUUACAACUAUAGACCGAGCCCACACUCAACCAUGUCGCCGCCUCCCUCUGCCUCGGGUCCACGACCAACGGCGCACAACCGCCCACCUCCCGUUAGCAGACCACCGCCGUCUCCUAGUCCUCAAGAUAGCACAGCCGAUCCCACUCUAUUGCCGUUAUUUAGAGCUGUUGAUAAAGAUGGCACGGGCCAAUUAUCGGAGAAAGAGCUCUCAGCUGCGCUCGUAAACGGUGACUGGACGGCGUUCGACCCACAGACGGUUCGUAUGAUGAUUCGUAUGUUCGACAGCGACCGAUCCGGCACGAUUGGAUUCGACGAAUUUUGUGGGUUGUGGUCGUUCUUAGCAUCAUGGCGCGCGUUAUUCGACCGUUUCGACGCCGAUCGCAGCAGUAACAUCAGUCCCGAUGAGUUCAGCAACGCGCUCGUCGCUUUCCGUUACCGCCUUAGCCCUGGCUUCGUUGACUUGCUAUUCCGCACCUACGAUAAGCGCAAUGAGGGUGUCAUGAGUUUCGAUCUUUUCGUCCAAGCAUGUAUCAGCCUCAAGCGCAUGACGGACGUCUUCAAGAAGUAUGACGACGAUCGCGAUGGAUACAUCACGCUUAGCUUCGAGGAUUUCCUUGUUGAGAUCUUGAAGCAGCUCAAGUAAGGCGGGCGACGAUGCCGACUGGAGCGAUCAAGAAGUGCAGAACCCGAAGUGGAAAGGGAUGCGGUUUCGCAAUAGAAGGAGCGGAGCGAGUGGCCAAUGCAUAUUAUAAACGGGGUUACAUACAUGAAAUAGUCCAGAACCCGUACGAACACGGGUUUCACUCUGGCUAUUAUAAAUUCACGGGGAUAUAUCGUUAUUACGUUUGGGCGUAACGAGUCCGAUCUUACAUACUUUCUCGGGAGGGAGGCAGAUAUGUCUAAGAACCUCAUUCGAGCCAGCUCGCACCAGAGGGGUUUUCAAGGGAGCAUUUAACACGGGCAGGCAAGCAAGUGUGCAGGCGAGGCAGGUCCGUGGAUCAUCAUCAUUUUAUAUUUUCCCGUUUUGUUUUCAGUAGAUACCAUUAAACCUAUUACGGUUUUAUAUGAAGGGAGAAUGAAUGAAUUCGUUCAGUUAGCUGAAGAGCAGUU